AUGGAUAAUAUAAGAGAAUUAUUUGAACUCAAACUUUUUGAGAGAGUUGAAACAAUUGCUAGUAGAACGAGAGAAAGGUUUUGUUAUCUAGUUUUUGGGAUCAAAAUUAUCAAAAGGCAAGGAAAGGAUAUAUUUGGCUUCCAACCAAAUAAUAGUUUAUUGGGGAAAAAUUCCUUCCAACCAGAGGAUUACGUCAACAAGCUGUUGUUUAGCCUCUACAAUCUCGACAGUUACAGUCGCCACAAAUCCAUAGACAAAUUCUUGCAUGUAUUAGACAUUUGUCACGGGGUUUUGCUUUUACCUUCCGGUGCCAGUCAUCGACAUAGAAAAAUAUGGCCAAGUUGGGUUCUUGAGAAGACAAUUCCAUCUGCAACAGAGCUUCACGGAGCAGGAAUCCAAAUGCAAAGAAGCAGAAGUCUCCAUUACAUAGGAUUUUACAAAGGUGUUUUCUGCGUCACCCUCAAGGUGCCUGUAAUUGUUGUGGAUAAUAUUACUGAAACAUUCUUUCUCAACCUAUUAGCUUUCGAGCGUUUACAAGUCGGGGCAGGCAGAGAAGUGACUAACUAUCUUGCUUUCAUGAACAAUAUCAUCCGAGACUCCAAGGACAUUAGUCUCAUUCGUUCUUGUGGGAUCAUCCAAAAUUCUCUUGGUAAGGAUGAAGUUGUUGCUGAUUUAUUCAACUCCCUGACCAAAGAUGUCACAAUUGAUACAGAGCUUGAUUUAUAUGGUCGAUAA